AUGGAUUCAACACGACCUUCACCACGUACCGUUGCCAAGAAUAAAGGGGUUGGAAGUGCCCGAGCUAACGUUCUUGCCGACAACCAAAAUGUUCACAAAGCUGUGUGGGCUUAUGAAUCCACACAGCUUUUCCUACAGCUUAUUGCCGAUGAGAUUGUUGAGGGCAACCGACCAUUCAUGGUUUUGAGCAGCGCUGGGUAUAAGUCUUUGGCCAAGAAGUUUGAAAAAAAAAAAGCUGGUAAAAAACAUGAUGUCAAGCAGUUGAAGAACAAGUACGCAUGCCUCAAACGAGAAUGGACUGCUUGGAUAAAGUUGAUGGAUCGUACGAAAGGCAUAACCGGAAUUGGCUUUGACGCUGAAACAAGCAUGUUUCAGGCUUCUGAUGAAUGGUGGGAUCGUAUGGAACUAAUAAACAAGAGUUGUGCAAAGUUCAGGACUAAGACUUUGAAGCACCGGGAGUUGAUGGAGAUUGUCUUCACAGGCGCUGCUGCAACAGCCAGACAUCAUUAG